UGCCCCAGCUCCCCGGCUCGGCUUUCCCGUCAACUUGUUUGUGGAACGCUAACCCUCCUCUUGCUUCCGCCUUACUCCAUUCUACUUCACGUAACCAAUACCCCUCUGCGUGCCCGAAUGAAACCACCACCGGAAUUUCCUCUACCGCCGGGCGUUGGCCCACCAGAUGAAAAUGGGCUGUACUCCAUCAACGAUAUCCCGCUCGAAAUGGUGCGCGGAGAGAUAUAUCUUCCAUUCCGGCUGACAACGGAGCAACACAUCUUCAACUGGGCGGGACUGAUCUUAUCCUGUGCGGCUCUGUUCGCCUCGGCGCUUUUCUUCUGGGUUCAGAAACGGGUGGCGUUGACGGCGGCGAAAGUGUUCGUGCUUUGUAUCAUCUCGGUCGAUUUUCUGGCAGUUUCAGUGGGACUAUUUCUGAGGAUAUUGCCAGCCGCGAUCAUGGGCUACCAUCCUGGCGGAUUUGUCACAUGCCAAAUCCAAUCGUAUUUCAACAGCCUCUGGGGAGUGCUUGCUCAGAUUGCGUUCUUCUCCUAUACCGCCGAACGCUACAUCUCCAUCGUUCUUAGGAAGGAGAUCCCUUUGAAAAUUGCAAAAAAAAUGGCUUUGGGAAUGUGGGUUUUCGCUAUCAUGUUGGCAGCGAUGUUCUUUCAGCAACCGUUUGCAUUGCAAGUAUGGGGCACACCGAGUUCAGGCGGGGUCUAUUGCUUGGCCCCGUGGGCAACCGGAACCUGGAAAGGAGCGAUUCUGGCUACGGAAGCAGCCAUGUUCGUGUCGUCAACGGGACUGGGCGCAUUUUUCAUGUACCUCCGGGUCUACAGGGCGUAUCAAGAAGUCUUGAAGGAGGCGCGGAAUGCGAUCAAUUCGAAACUGAUGUUCACGACGCACCAAACACAACAACAGGAAACGGUGGAGGAACUUCAGGAUAGCGGAGACCUACUGGCGCAGCUCAACGAAGAGAACAAGUACAUGUUGGACAAGUCUACUAAUUCAGGGAAGCAGCUGCAGACGUCAGGCAGCAGCACCGGGGUGCUGAAAACCAGAAUGAUGUCGCAAACAGUGGUUUUUCCGCAAAGUUCUAACAGUUUGGCGCUCGACGGGGAUCUCAACAAUAUCGACGUGAAAGGGAAAGAAACGGCGCAUGCCAAUCCAGAAAUAUCAAGCUUGCCUCGAAUGGAGAUCACCAACGGGCUGGUCUCGUAUUUUGUGGGAUUCCUGCAAGAUGAAGUCAUUGCUGAAGGGUCGGGAGUCGAGGAUGAAGAGAGUAGCGGUGCACGUUCGGAAGCGACCGACGAGGAGCGAUCGCGCCCAGAGCCUUCUUCGUCACAUGAGGCAGGUCGGAACGGCACCGCGCCACGGCGGACGAACGAUUUAGGUCCCAGCAGUCCAUCGUCAGCCAAAAAGAAAUCUCGUAUAGGGAAGGUGAUGUUUGCCGUCGAGGGUGGGGAAAGUCGCUUCUCGAUGAAACGGCCAGCGAAAAAGCCAGUGGACAAGAAGAAAAAGUAUAUGAAGCGACACAACGAAAUUGCGCAUGCCCUGGCCAGGCAAGCAAGCAUCAUCGUCAUCGUCUACUACAUCGGUCUGCUUCCCGAGUUUGUUGAAUUCAUCUACAACCUGUGGACGCUGCAGCCACCAGUGGCCUGGGCGGACAGAUUCGCCUUCAUCACCGCCAUGCUGUAUACGGUGCUCAAUCCGGUCUUGUUCCUGGCCUUAAAUCAACAGUAUAAGGCGGCCUUGAAGGAUGAGAUCGGCGAGUGGAAGGAGAGAUGGAAAAAUUGGAGGAGGGUCGCUCGCUAG